GUCUCUUCACACUUGACUAAAGCACUAAAGAGACAAAAAGGCUCUAAAGAAAAGAGAGAGAGAAGAGAGAGAGCUAGAGAACGAAAUCAAUGGCGGUUUCCGUUCCCAUCCUCGCCGUCGUCACUUCCCUUCACCUCCUUGCCUUCGUAUUCGCCUUCGGCGCCGAACGACGCCGUAGCACCGCUCUAAUAGCGCCCGACCAGUACGACGACCAGACCUUCUGCAAGUACGGAACAGCCGCCUCGACGGUGUACGGCAUGUCCGCGUUCGUGCUGCUCCUCGUCAGCCAAGCGGUGGUUAACGGCGUCACCAAGUGUCUCUGCUGCGGAAAGGGUCUCGUCACCGGCGCUUCUUACACCGUCUGCGCCAUCGUCUUCUUCGUCGUCUCCUGGGUAAGCUUUCUAGGUGCGGAGGCGUGUUUGUUAGCUGGAUCGGCGAAGAACGCUUACCACACCAAAAGCAAAGGCGUGUACCAAGAAGGCAAAACGCUUUCGUGUGCGGUCUUACCCGUUGGUGUGUUCGCUGCUGGAGCUGCUCUGACUCUCAUGUCUUUGAUUGCGACCGUUUUGUACCUCUUGGCUCAUUCCAAGGCUGACACUGGUGGAUGGGAGAAGCAUCAUGACGAUGGGAUUGGUAUGACUGCUGCUGCUCCUUCUGCAGAUGCUCCAAAGCAGCAGCAGAACACCGAUUUCGACAAGGUUUAAACAAACAUAACUUACUGUUGGGGUAUAAACCAUAUAAAAAUGUUGUUGUUGUUGUUGUUAUAAUUUGUUCAUAUAAACUCUUUGUAUCGUUAGAUGUAUUGUUGGCUUAUAUGUAUGUCGCCGUAUCUGAAA